CAGUUACUUUAGAAUUUGACUUACUCACUGUUUUUCUGCUUUUACUUAAGUUAAAAGGAGUAUUUUUGCAAUAUUGUACUAGUACCAAAUACUGUUCCUAGAGCCACAAUCUCUAUACACGUGGGCAUAGACCUGUCAGCAAGAAUAUGUGUGAUUCAUCUCCUUGUAGCUGUGACUCAUCAGGAAGGCAGAGUUGGCCCUCUUGGCUCGUCCUUCACACAGACGAUCUGCGGUAUACCGUACCCAGCCGGUGUCACCUGAUCCCCUAGCAACCAGCAGGUGUUUUUGUCACCGGGAGUGAAGGAGGGACUGCAGGUAGAGCUCCAGGACAGAUUCAACUGUUUCCAUGACAACCCGAACUCAGAAACUCGCUCAACCCAAACCCAGCAGACUCAGACAUCCAGACCGUCGUUCUGUUUACUGGCUGGAUGAGCUGCCACCGCCGAGGACCGGAUCCACCACCACCACCAAAGCUGAGUUAACCCCUCGCUGGACGGAGCUAUGUAGAAGUAAAAAGUUCUACUCUCAGAUCACGCGUUCUCCCGUAUGGGAAGUGAGUGAACGGGCUCUCAGGGCCGUUGCCUCCAAUAGGGUCUGUAGUCUGGCUCAACCUCGGGCCCCUGCAGCUGGCUGGCAGCCAGAACGCCCCUUGCUGGCCCCUUUGAACCGAGCAACGCAGACGGCGGUCGCCACAUCGCGACUUUGCCAACUUGCCCAACCAAAGAGAAAACAGGUUCUGGAAGGCUCUGGCCACAAAUUUAAACCUGUACCCAUGACUCACUUACCCUGCAAGGCAUCGGCACACAUAGAGCUACUUGCUACCCCUAAGCAUGACCACCCCAUGUUCGAAGGAGAGCGCUUAGUGUCCUGGCUUGUCUCCAGAGCGGCGAGAAACCAUGUGCCCAGCCAGAGACUUCUUGAGCUGUCCAGUCCUAAAGAGAGGAAGGCUCUGUUUGAGGGGUACGACCCAUACAUAGUUAGCAGGGCGGCCCGCUCUGCCAGCGCCUCGCCUCGGAUACAAAAGCUCUGCCUGCCUUUGCCGCGCAAAUGUAGCUCAAGCUAAGGAGGGCUGUGGUCCGGUCCCUCGAGAAGUGUUGAUUGUUCUUCUUUUCCUCAUUGUGAUGAAGUAAUUUCCCUGGAAAAAUGUUAAUAAAAAGCCUGUUCUUUGCUUUGUUACAUGUAAA